AUGCGCACUGCUUGUAACAGUGUGCAGAGCGAGGAGAGUACGAGUCUGGUGUCUCCAAAGUUACCGUGCUCUCUAAACUGAUGCAUGCGCGUCUGCCGUUAAUCUUUUUUGGUGUAUGCACAAUUCACGCUCACGAAUGUUUGCGGUCCCGAAAUUCCUUCGUACAAUCUUCAAAAGAAAAUAGUUGGCUCCCAAUUUAACGACAAAUAUUAGGGCGUUGGCAGGCUUGAUGUGAAAUGAGCAAAUUUUUAAGGCUUGAAGCUUUUUUUUUCUUCUAAAACUUUCCAGUCCUUUUGGGGAAAUGAUGAACGAUUACAGUGCCGUCUCAAGUGAAGCCGAAAAUCGUUGAGUGCCCGCCAGGUUGGACGAAAUUCGUCCGUCAUUUCGAAGUCGCCUGUCACUUGUUUGUGAGCAAACCGACUGAUUAUUUCCAAACCUUGACUUUAUUCAAGGUCGGAAGCGGUACUAACUGGGAUAACGCCAGGGCGCAGUGCAUGCAGAACUACCGCGCAACGCUUUCGGGUUUCGAGUCAGAGGCGGAGAAAGACUUACUUUAUGGUAGGAUUUAUCUUCUUAUUAGGCGCAGGCUUGGCCUGCGCCCUAUUUAGGAACAGGAUCUCAGAAAUGGCUUAGGUAAGGCUUAGGCGCAGGCUUGGCCCGCGCCCUAUUUAGGAACAGGAUCUCAUAAGUUUUUUCUUAGCCUUUGGCUUUUUUUCAAAACGUUGACAAGUAGUUUUUGAGAUGUAGGUUUGACCUGAAACUUUUCGAAAAAUUAUUAGAGCUCUAUGCUUUUUUGUUCAACCUUCAUUUACUUAAUACAUAGGCAAAGUCGGAAAGGGUGGGAAAUUCUUUAUAGGAUGUUCCUUUUAGGGUGAAAAAGGCUCCUUUUUGCGCCAUUUUUGAAGCUGAUAUGCGCCAUUUUUGCUGCCUUUCCCUCUUUCCACAAUUCCUUGAGCUUUCGAAAUUUCAGAAAAAAUGGAAGGUUCGAUAAAGGGACUUUUUUUGCUGCCUCUCUGCGGCCUUUCUUGAGCCUCUCACUUUUAGCGGCCAUUAUUUACCAUUCCGACUUUUUCCCAUCAUGUGGGGGGACAUAAAGAUGCCCUUUUGUAGAGGUGAACUUAGAAACGUACAGAGCUUUCUAGUUUCAGAAAAAAAAAUGAUUCAAAGUCGGAGAGAAAAAAGUUUUAGUUCCCGCCAAAAAGGCGCUUUGCAGUAAAGCUGCUCUAAGGACAACACGUAUCGCCACUCGGACAUUGGUAACGCGAAACGGACGUGCUCCGGACGUUUCUGGGCGAUUCAAGAGGUCACUUAAGAGCGUUAAGGCUACUAAAGUGGUCACUAGAAAUGCACCGACACGUCCGUUUCGCGUCCCGUUCGCGUUACCAAGGUCCGAGCAUUUUUCGUUUUCGCUUUUUCCUUCGUUUCUUUUGAAUUUAAAUUUUUUUCUGUCGUCCGUACACCGAUCCAAAGCAUUUUUCACAAAAAGAAGGUGGGAAAAUAAAUCGUGAUAUUCUCAAAAAGUAAUAAUGUCUCUGAUUUUUUGAGUACACCGUUAGAUUCGCAAAGAAAAACUCUACAAGAUUUCGUUGAAAACCUCUUUUUUUACUGCCCCUUCACCCUUUGUUUUCUUUUGAAAAGUGUUUUUCCUUUCAGCGAUGAUUCAAAAGGAAAACAUAGGUUUCAACCAAGUUUGGCUAGGUGCCGAACGGAACCGCGCUUGUCCCGUCGCUCAACCGAGUAAUGACGUGAAUAGUCCAUGCUUUUUGGAAAGUGUGAGAUAUAUCCUAUACGAUGGACACAAUACGAGUCACUUUUCAGCUUUUCUACUGGGUUGAUGGCGCCGCCCGCGAUGGGAAGGUCAUGCUCAAUUUUUGGUCGCCAACCAACCCCUCGUGGCACGACAACCGCGAAAACUGCCUCACCAUUCUGACCGGCCAUGACCAGUCUUACAACAACAAGAUCAACGACUACGAGUACGUUGGCUGA